UAUGUCAGUUUGAGGCUCUAAAUGUCGGUUUGAUCAUUUUUCGAUUAAUUGCCCAGCUCUAUAGAACACACAAUGACAUUUUGUCAAAAUGUACAGAAAAUACAUGAAUGAAUAAUUACUUGGUAUGUGUAUUUGCUUCUUCUUUUACAGAUAACUGUAUAGAGUGCAUUGGUGAGAACUACAGAGGACAAGUGUCUACAACAGAGAAUGGCUACACUUGCCAACGCUGGGAUUCCCAGACACCCCAUAAGCAUGACUUCAAACCCAGUGUUCAUCCAGAAAAUAAUCUAGUGGAGAACUACUGCAGAAACCCAGACAGUGGCCCCCGGCCCUGGUGUUACACCACCAACCCCAACAAACGAUGGGAAUUCUGCUCUAUACCACGAUGCUCAACUAUACCUCCACCCAUUCGCCCAGAGCUCACCUGUGUAACAGAUAAAGGUAAAGCGUACCGAGGCACAAUAGCUGUGACAGUGUCUGGAAAAACAUGCCAGAGAUGGUCCACUCAGACACCACACCGACACGAUCGUACACCAGAAAACUACCAAUGCGAAGGCCUAGAAAACAACUACUGUCGUAAUCCAGACAAUUCUGAGAAGCCCUGGUGUUACACCACUGACCCUGACUCUCGAUGGGAGUACUGCAAUAUACCAAGCUGUUGACCUAGACCAGUGACCUAAGGAGGAAUCUGUGCAAAAUGGCAGCAUGGCUCUCUGAUGGCACCUACUUUUCAGAAGUCUGACUUUUCUGGCCUGACAUUUCUGUUUCAAAUAUCCUUUUCUAAUUGAUCUUAUGUUAUAUUCUAAUUUUCUGAGACACUGAAUUUUGGGCUUUCAUUAUCUGUAAGCCAUAAUCCUCAAUAUCUCAAGAAAUAAAGGCUUGAAAUAUUCACUCAUUCACUAAUGAGUCUAUAUAUAAAUGGGUCUGACUUUCUGAAAUGA